UCUGCAAACAGAUAUAUGCCGCUGGGCCAAAAAUAUAAACAAGAAGCUGAAGAAGCAAACAAGAGGACCCGGAGCUCGCCAGGAGCACCGCAGAAGGCACAGGCACGCUCGCGCGUCACAGGGGGGACGCCCUCCCCACCGCGGAGAAGGACCCACCCACGCAGCACAGGCACCAGCGACGGCGCACGAGGGGCGUCCAACCACGGCAAGCGACCCCAGGCCCCUGCCCCACGCCAUAAGGCUGAGGAGAGGAGAGAGGUCGGGCCGGAUUCCGCACCCCUGCCUUCCGCACACCACCAAAGGGCGGGGCAGAGAAGCGAGGGGCCCGCGGGCAGAACGAGGAGAGCGGUCCCAUUCGCCAUGAACGUCCGUCCCUCGCCUGGCGCGGCUUUAGCCCCGGCCCAGGAGAGCGCUCGUUCACCACAUCGGUCUAAAAUAAAAAUUUUAGAACCAACCAGAAACUAUUAUUUUAAAUUUGUUCCAUUUUAAGGCAAUGCUAUUUAC